CAGCUCUUACCCCUGAGGAUUCUUUUACCAGAAAACCUGUCUUUAACUGAGCUUUUGAUUUCUGCCUUAUCAUGUUUUCUGCAACUCAUUCACACAUUUGCUCUGUCAUGUUAAGCCACAACAGUCUGAGUAAUGUGAGUCAGCAGUCACACUUCCCUUUUGACUCAGCAGCUACAGCACAUCAUGCAUGUAUAAAAGAGGCAGGACGGAGCUUAGAGGCCACACUGGACUCUCAACUCAGAGGAAGUGACAACUGUCAAGCGAACAUAUUCCAAACAGCGUAACCGUGAGAAGACUUCGAUUCAUCACAGUCUGCAGAGAUGGAGACCAUGAAGAGCGCAAGGAAAUAUGACACAGAGGAACCGGGCAGUGAUUUAUCAGAGCAGAUUAAAGCAGCCACUAAGGACACCCACAUCAGAGCUGAAAACACAGAGCUCAUGUUGAGUUAUCAGAAGGGAGAGGUCACCCUGCUGCAGUACAAGGUCCUGCUGUGUUCCCUGUACGAGAUCUACAAGGCACUAGAGGAGGAGCUGGACAGAAACUCUUCCCAUCCAGCUGUUGCCCCGAUAUACUUCCCCCAGGAACUCGCCCGUGUGGAAUCUCUGGAAAGAGACCUGGAGUAUUUUUUCGGCUCAGAGUGGAGAAAGAGGGUGAUUGUUCCCGCAGCCACACAGAGAUAUGAACAGAGACUACGACAGGUUGGUAGGGAGAACCCGGGGCUUUUGGUGGCCCACGCCUACACUCGCUAUCUUGGCGAUCUGUCAGGAGGACAAGUGCUGGGGAAAAUUACCCAGAAAUCUCUCGGCCUGAGCAGCAAAGAGGGGCUUUCGUUUUUCUCCUUCCCUGGCGUGACCAGCCCCAACCGCUUCAAGCAGCUGUACAGGAGCCGCAUGAACAGCAUCGAGCUGACGGAGGAGGAGAAGGCGAAGUUGCUGGAGGAGGCGGUUGCUUCCUUUGAGUUCAACAUCCAGGUUUUUGAUGACUUACAGAAAAUGCUGAGUGUCACAACAGAGACGGUGGACCAAUCAAAGAACAACAUCGUCAACUUCCCUUCUUCACCCAUCAUGCAGUUCACUGUGGGAUUGUGCGUCGCACUGGCCACUAUUGGAGUGGGAAUCUACGCCGUGUAGUCUUUGCCAGCACUUGCAGUUGAUAUGCACAUACAGCACUUUAUUCACAUUACAUAACGCAACAAAUGAAGACUGAAAUUUGUCUCAUCCAUUAACUAGAGAAUCACAGCUGAAACAGUGAUUUACUCAAAUGUAAUGUACUUGUCAAAUGUAAUUUGUAUAUAUUUUAUCAAUCUUACAUUAACAUUGUCUUCAUAACUCAUCUUUUUUGAUUUUAGUGUCUGAUAAAAUUUGAAUUUGAACAAGUCUACAGCCGAGCUCUCCAUGGCUGUACUUUAGCGCAGCGGUGCGUCAAGCAGAUGUCGGCAUGCUAACAAUGUUCAGAGCACGUCAUCAUGAUUAUAUUCUUCAUAUGUUAUCAAUCUUUAAUUUUGUCAUCCCGAUUCUCAUUUUCAUUUUGCCAUUUGCAUCUGUUCUGUACAAACAGCAUCUACUGCAUUCUGUCCAUCCUGAGAGAGAGAAAGAUCCCUCUUCUGUUGCUCUUCCAUCUGUUCUGUUUCUACUUAUCCAAUUUCAGGGUCUAUGUUGUUGAUAUUGUAAAGCCUCUUGAGGCUAAACUGUGAUAUUGGGCUAUAUAAAUAAAACUGACUUGACAUGCCAACAUUUUACUAAUUAGUAAUAAACAAGCUGAGGAUGAUGUAAUUGUAAGUUUUUUCAAUGAUUUGUUAAUAAACUUAAUUUCAUGGAUAUCCA